GUUUGCGUAACUAGAUCCGCUCAAUCGAUCUCUCGCAUCGAUUGAUGUCAGCCAUUGCUUGUGUUUACGGUGACCUAGCGUGUUUUUAAGAUGAUUUCAUCGUUAGCUCUGCGCUCAGUGGCGUCUAAUGCGGUGCGCAGCCUGCAUCAGACUGCAGCUCGAGCUGGAGCAGGUGGCAUGUUUGUGCAUAGAGACACACCAUCCAACAAUCCAGAAACUCCAUUUGAAUUUACACAAGAAAACAUGAAGAGAGUUGAAGCAAUCAUGAAUAAUUACCCAGAGGGACACAAGGCGGGUGCCACUAUUCCUGUGCUGGACUUGGCUCAGAGACAGCAUGGAUGGCUUCCUAUAUCUGCAAUGAACAAGGUGGCAGAGAUCCUGGACGUUGCUCCUAUGAGGGUGUAUGAAGUUGCAACAUUUUACACCAUGUUCCUCCGACAGCCAGUGGGCAAGUACCACAUUCAGAUCUGCACCACAACGCCGUGCAUGCUCUGCGACUCUGACAGCAUCCUGGAGGCCAUUAAAAACAAACUGGGUAUCAAGGUCGGGGAGACCACAGCGGACAAAUUAUUCACCCUAACAGAAGUUGAAUGCCUCGGUGCCUGUGUGAACGCCCCGAUGGUUCAAAUCAAUGAUAACUAUUAUGAGGAUCUUAAACCAUCAGACAUUGAGCAGAUCAUUGAUGAGCUGAAAGCAGGAGGAGUUCCUCUGCCUGGUCCCCGGAAUGGACGCUUUUCAUGUGAACCUGCUGGUGGGUUAACUUCAUUGACAGAACCACCCCCUGGACCGGGCUUCGGUGUGAGACCUGACCUGUAAACAUGCGCCAUUAUCUGACUCGGGUCUUUGUAAACAUUAGACAUGUUCUGUAAAUAAAAUGUUAUCAUUAAUUAUA